AUGAUGGAACUAGAUGAGAGCGAUGUAUCUUCGGAUGAUUCUUCGCACUUAGAUGAUUCCAUUCAUGACAGUAGUACCGAUGAUGAAGAGUGGAUGGCAGGCGAAAGCGAAGAUAAAAGUUCUGAAGAGCAGAGUGGCGAAGAUGAAAAUAUUGAUGAUUUGGACACAGAAGAUAAUUCUGAUAUUGAUGAUGUUCCGUUAGAGAUGCGAUGGAAUAAACACGUGGAAAACUUGACAUGGAGUGCAAAUAAUAUGUUCACUCCUUCUGUUCAUGACUUUACAGAUAAAAAAGCAGGUAUUCAACCAGGAUUUGGUCUAGACGAGAGUAAAACACCUUUAGAAGUAUUCAAACUGUAUUUUACAGAGGAUUUGAUGGAUUCAAUUUGCUUCCAAAUCAAUACUUACCAACAACAGAAGCUAACAACUUUGCGCGCUCAGAGGAAACUAAAAGAGAAUUCCAGAAUACUGAAGUGGAAACCAGUAGAACCAGAUGAAAUGUAUACAUUUUAUGGAUUAAUAAUUAUGAUGGGUAUAAUUCGCAAGCCAUCUUAUGAAUUGUACUGGUCCACGAACCCUCUGUUAGAAACGCCAAUCUUUGACAAAUGUAUGACGCUCAGAAGAUUUCAAAGCAUUUUAGGAUUUUUACACUUUUCUGAUAAUGAAGAAGUAAGUACAGACAAGAUUCGUAAAAUUCGUCCUUUACUGGAAUACUUAGUGGAGCGAUUUCAGGCAGUUUAUAGACCAGGCGAAAAUGUAUGCAUUGACGAAUCUCUUCUAAAAUUCAAAGGUCAUCUGAGUUUCAAGCAGUGUAAUUUGACUAAACGUGCUCGUUUUGGUAUCAAAUUGUACAAAUGCUGCGACUCUGCUACAGGCUACAUCAACAAUUGUAAAGUGUACACAGGUAAGUGUUCCGAUAAGUCAGAAAUGGAUAAAAGAUUUGGAGUGCCUGGCAUGGCGGUAAUACAAUCACUGGGAGAUCUGACUGGACAAGGUCGUACGUUGUACAUAGACAAUUGGUACACAUCUCCUCUUCUUUUUGAGAAGCUGAUACAAGAGAAAACUAAUGUCGUCGGAACUGUCAGGUUAAAUCGUAGGCACUUGCCGAACGUUCAACCAAAAAAUUUGAAAGUUGGUGAAAUGAAGGUAUUUAGUACUCCAAUCAUGUGUCUGCUUCUAUGGAAGGACAAAAAAUUGGUAAGUAUGCUUACGACUACAGAGUAUCCUGAAAUGGUUGAUACUCAUAAAAAAGACAGAAAGACAGGUGAUACUAUCAGAAAACCAAACACCGUUAUUGCAUACAAUAAAAACAUGGGAGGAAUUGACUUGUCAGACCAAAUUUUGCAACCAUAUCAAGUAUCACGCAAAUCAACAAAAUGGUAUCAGAAAGUUCACUUCAAUUUACUAGACAUGUCAAUCUUCAAUGCGAAUGUAAUCUUCAAAAUGCUCCACCCUGAUACAACUCCAAGUCACCUUGAUUUUCGAAUGCGUUUGGUUGAUCUGCUUUUAAAAGAGCAUUGCAAAAAAAAAAAAAAAGAAAAACAGAACAGAACAGAGGGAAAUGGAGGUAAUCAGAGUAACCAACCUCAUGCUCACUUUCCUAGCAGAAUGGAUAUUGUAUCCAAAGCAGGCAAAAAAAGAAGGAAGCGUUGUAAGUCUUGUACAAAAAAGCACAUCAGAACAGAGACAGACGUGGUAUGCGUACGAUGUAACAAUACACCAUUAUGCAUUGACUGUUUCGAAGAUUACCAUGCAGCGGAUAGUGAGGACAGACAGUGA